AUGGCGGGCCAGCUCCUGCCCCCCGAUGCCGGCCAGGCUCUGGGCUUGGAGGACGUCCCCCCCUUCCACCCAGCAGUGUGGGUGCCCCUGCAGCACACAGCAACGCGGGUGCCCGUCAUCCGCCACCGUGGCUCCAACACGCUGAAUUUCGACUUCCACGACCUGGAGACCCGUGGCAUGGCCGAGCAUGGCCAGGCGGCCCCCAGGAGCUCAGCGAGCGAGUGGUACCAGACCUGGCCGGCCAAGGAGGCGAAGGCACCCAGCACCCCGGCACCCGCCAGCUCCGUGGCCGGCCCCGGGGCUGCCCCCGCCUGUCCCCGGCCACCGGGCUGGUCGGCCACCUGGACCAAGGACAACAAGCGGCGGGAGAGGCGCUGGGUGAAGUACGACGGCAUCGGGCCAGUGGAUGAGACGGGGAUGCCCAUCGCCUCGCGUUCGAGCGUCGACCGGCCCCGUGACUGGUACCGCAGCAUGUUCCGGCAGAUCCACCGCAAGCUGCCAGAGCCGGACUGGGAUGCGCAUCACCGCCCCACGGGUAAGCUCGGCCCCUCGCCCACCACGGUGCCUUCAUCCCCCCAAGAGCCGCAGAGGAAAGGGCCGUUGCCAGCUGAGCCCCCCAGUAUGCCCAAUGGGCUGGACUGGACCAGCUGGGGUGCCACCGGUGCCACCGCAGAGCCUGGCAGCAUUUUUGACUACGAACCGGGGAAAUCCUCACUGCUGGAGCAGCCGCACCAGCCCCCCGCCGCGGUGCCACCGGCGCGGGCUCAGCCCAUUGAGGUGCUGCUGGAGCGGGAGCUGGAGCAGCUCAGCGAGGAGCUGGACAAGGACAUGAGGGCCAUGGAGACGCGCCGGCAUCCCUGCCAGAGCUCGGCGGCUGCUCCCACCGCUCGCUCCCCUGCUCCGGCCUCCCCGGCGGCUCGGAGCCCCCUGUCACCCCGCCGGCUGCAGAGCCCCCCCGGUACCCACCGCCUGCCCGCUAGCCCCAGCAUGGAGCGGGGUGGCCUGGGGCUGGCCAGUGACCGGAGCCGUGCAGCCCCCGGCAGAGACACCCUCAGGCCAGGGACCCUCCCCAGCCUGUCCGACAUGGGAGACCCUGUGGAGGCUGUCAGGAGGGAGGAGAAGAAGAUGAAAGCCGCUCGCCUCAAGUUCGACUUCCAAGCCGAAUCACCCAAGGAGCUGACGCUGCAGAAGGGGGACAUCGUCUACAUCCAUAAGGAAGUGGACAGGAACUGGCUGGAGGGCGAGCACCACGGCCGUGUGGGCAUCUUCCCCUCCAACUACGUGGAGAUCCUGCCCCCCACAGAGGUGCCCAAGCCCAUCAAGGCACCCACCAUCCAGGUGCUGGAAUACGGCGAAGCCCUGGCGCUCUACAACUUCCGAGGGGAGCUGCCCGUCGAGCUCUCCUUCCGCAAGGGCGAGCGGGUCUGCCUGGUGCGGCGGGUGGAUGAGAACUGGUACGAGGGACGUAUCUCCGGCACCAGCCGUCAGGGCAUCUUCCCCGCCACCUACGUGCAGGUGUUGAAGGAGCCGCGGGUGAAAACCACCGCCGAGGACUUCCCACCCUCUCCCGCCUCCGCCAGCCCCCGGCUCCCGGCCGGCUCCCCGUCCCUGCAGCGCUCGCCCGGUCCCCGGGGUCCCCCGCUUUCCGCCAGCUCCCCCCGGGUGGCAGAGUGGGGUCCCGGCGAAGCCGGUGGGUGCCCGUCCUCACCCCGCCACCUUGGCUUUGCCUUCCCCCCCUCCCCAAAGCUGCCCCGCGCCGGUGCCCCGAACCCCUCGCCAGCCCCCGCUGGCCCCCCCACCCACCCCAACCCUGCCCCAUCCUACAACGGCUCCGAAAUCCAGUGGACCCCGUACCGGGCACUGUACCAGUACCGGCCCCAAAACGCCGACGAGCUGGAGCUGCUGGAGGGCGACCGGGUGGACGUCAUGCAGCAGUGCGACGACGGCUGGUUCGUGGGCGUGUCCAGGAGGACGCAGAAAUUUGGCACUUUCCCUGGCAAUUACGUGGCACCGGUGUGA